AUGAUUGGCGUGCAGAGUCUUGACGGGGCCACCCCACAACUCCCGUUGACAAUUCUGCCGCUUUCCAUCACCCCGCCCCAUUCUCCUGCUUUCCAUCACCCCGCCCCAUUCUCCCGCUUUCCAUCACCCCGCCCCAUUCUCCUGCUUUCCAUCACCCUGCCCCAAUCUCCCGCUUUCCAUCACCUCGCCCCAUUCUCCUGCUUUCCAUCAACCCGCCCCAUUCUCCCGCUUUCCAUCACCCCGCCCCAUUCUCCCGCUUUCCAUCACCUCGUCCCAUUCUCCCUCUUUUCAUCACCCCGCCCCAUUCUCCCUCUUUCCAUCACCCCGCCCCAUUCUCCCGCUUUCCAUCACCCCGGCCCAUUCUCCCUAUUUCCAUCACCCCGCCCCAUUCUCCCACUUUCCAUCACCCCGCCCCAUUCUCCCGCUUUCCAUCACCCCGCCCCAUUGUCCCGCUUUCCAUCACCCCGCCCCAUUCUCCCGCUUUCCAUCACCCCGCCCCAUUCUCCCUCUUUCCAUCACCCCGCCCCAUUCUCCCUCUUUCCAUCAUCCCACCCCAUUCUCCCUAUUUCCAUCACCCUGCCCCAUUCUUCCGCUUUCCAUCACCCCGCCCCAUUCUCCAGCUUUCCAUCACCCCGCCCCAUUCUCCCGCUUUCCAUCACCCCGCCCCAUUCUCCCGCUUUCCAUCACCCCGCCCCAUUCUCCCGCUUUCCAUCACCCCGCCCCAUUCUUCCACUUUCCAUCACCCCGCCCCAUUCUCCUUCCUUCCAUCACCCCGCCCCAUUCUCCCGCUUUCCAUCACCCCGCCUCAUUCUCCCACUUCCCAUAACCCCACCCCAUUCUCCCGCUUUCCAUCUCCCCGCCACAUUCUCCCGCUUUCUAUCACCCCGCCCCAUUCUCCCUCCUUCCAUCAACCCGCCCCAUUCUCCCGCUUUCCAUCACCCCGCCCCAUUCUCCCGAUUUCCAUCACCCCGCCCCAUUCUCCCGCUUUCCAUCACCCCGCCCCAUUCUCCCGCUUUCCAUCAACCCGCCCCAUUCUUCCGCUUUCCAUCACCCCGCCCAAUUCUCCCUCUUUCUAUCACCCCUCCCCAUUCUCCCGCUUUCCAUCACCCCGCCCCAUUCUACCGCUUUCCAUCAUCCCGCUCCAUUGUCCCGCUUUCCAACACCCCGUCCCAUUAUCCCUCUUUCCAUCACCCCGCCCCAUUCUCCCGCUUUCCAUCACCCCGCCCCAUUCUUCCUCUUUCCAUCUCCCCGCCCCAUUCUCCCUCUUUCCAUCACCCCGCCCCAUUCUCCCUCUUUCCAUCACCCCACCCCAUUCUCCCUCUUUCCAUCACCCCGCCCCAUUCUCCCGAUUUCGUCACCCCGCCUUAUUCUUCCUCUUUCCAUCACCCCGGCCCAUUCUUCCUCUUUCCAUCUCCCCGCCCCGUUCUCCCUCUUUCCAUCACCCCGCCCCAUUCUCCCUCUUUCCAUCACCCCGCCCCAUUCUUCCGAUUUCUGUCACCCCGCCCCAUUCUCCCUCUUUCCAUCACCCCGCCCCAUUCUCACUCUUUCCAUAACCCCGCCCCAUUCUCCCGAUAUCCAUCACCCCGCCCCAUUCUCACGCUUUCCAUCACCCCGCCCCAUUCUCCCUCUUUCCAUCACCCGCCCCAUUCUCCCGCUUCCCAUCACCCCGCCCCAUUCUCCCUCUAUCCAUCACCCCGCCCCAUUCUCCCACUUUCCAUCACCCCGCCCCAUUCUCCCGCUUUCCAUCACCCCGUGCCAUUUUCCCUCUUUCCAUCACCCCGCCCCAUUCUCCCACUUUCCAUCACCCCGCCCCUUUCUCCCUCUUUCCAUCACCCUGCCCCAUUCUCCCGCUUUCCAUCACCCCGCCCCAUUCUCCCGCUUUCCAUCACCCCACCCCAUUCUCCCGUUUUCCAUCACCCCGCCCCAUUCUCCCCCUUUCCAUCACCCCGCCCCAUUCUCCCUCUUUCCAUCACCCUGCCCCAUUGUCCUGCUUUCCAUCACCCCACCCCAUUCUCCCUCUUUCCAUCACCCCACCCCAUUCCCCCUCUUUCCAUCAGCCUGCCCCAUUCUCCCGCUCUCCAUCACCCCGCCCUAUUCUCCCUAUUUCUAUCACCCCGCCCCAUUCUCCAGCUUUCCAUCACCCCGCCCCAUUCUCCCGCUAUCCAUCACCCCGCCCCAUUCUCCCGCUUUCCAUCACCCCGCCCCAUUCCCGCUUUCCAUCACCCCGCCCCAUUCUCCCGCUUUCCAUCACCCCGCCCCAUUCUCCCGCUUUCCAUCACCCCGCCCCAUUCUCCCGCUUUCCAUCACCCCGCCCCAUUCUCCCGCCCGCCCAAUUCUCACGCUUUCCAUCACCCCGUCCCAUUCUCCCGCUUUCCAUCACCCCGCCCCAUUCUCCCUCAUUCCAUUCCCCCGCCCCAUUCUCCCGCUUUCCAUGACCCUGCCCCAUUCUCCCGCUUUCCAUCACCCCGCUCCAUUCUCCCGCUUUUCAUCACCCCGCCCAAUUCUCCCGCUUUUCAUCACCCCUCCCCAUUCUCCCUCUUUCCAUCACCUCGCCCCAUUCUCCCGCUUUCUAUCACCCCACCCCAUUCUCCCGCUUUCCAUCACCCCGCCCCAUUCUCCCUCUUUCCAUCAGCCCGCCCCAUUCUCCCUCUUUCCAUCACCCCGCCCCAUUCUCCCGCUUUCCAUCACCCUGCCCCAUUCUCCCGCUUUCCAUCACCCCGCCCCAUUCUCCCUCUUUCCAUCACCCUGCCCCAUUCUCCCUCUAUCCAUCACCCCGCCCAAUUCUCCCGCUUUCCAUCACCCCGCCCCAUUCUCCCUCUAUCCAUCACCCCACCCAAUUCUUCUCUUUCCAUCACCCCGCCCCAUUUUCCCGCUUUCCAUCACCCCGCCCAAUUCUCCCUCUUUUCAUCACCCCUCCCCAUUCUCCCUCUUUCCAUCACCUCGCCCCAUUCUCCCUCUUUCCAUCACCCCGCCCCAUUCUCCCUCUUUCCAUCACCUCGCCCCAUUCUCCCUCUUUCCAUCACCCCGCCCCAUUCUCCCGCUUUCCAUCACCCCGCCCCAUUCUCCCGCUUUCCAUCACCCCGCCCCAUUCUCCCGCUUUCCAUCACCCCGCCCCAUUCUCCCGCUUUCCAUCACCCCGCCCCAUUCUUCCGCUUUCCAUCACCCUGCCCCAUUCUCCAGCUUUCCAUCACCCCGCCCCAUUCUCCCGCUUUCCAUCACCCCGCCCCAUUCUCCCUCUUUUCAUCAUCCCGCCCCAUUCUACCUCUUUCCAUCACCCCGCCCCAUUCUCCCUCUUUCCAUCACCCCACCCCAUUCUCCCUAUUUCCAUCACCCGCCCCAUUCUCCCGCUUUCCAUCACCCCGCCCCAUUCUCCCUCUUUCCAUCACCCCGCCCCAUUCUCUCUCUUUCCAUCACCCCGCCCCAUUCUCCCUCUUUCCAUCACCCCGCCCCAUUCUCCCGCUUUCCAUCACCCCUACCCAUUCUCCCUCCUUCCAUCACCCCGCCCCAUUCUCCCUCCUUCCAUCGCCCCGCCCUAUUCUCCCUCCUUCCAUCACCCCGCCCUAUUCUCCCGCUUUCAAUCACCCCGCCCCAUUCUCCCACUUUCCAUCACCCGGUCCCAUUCUCCCGCUUUCCAACACCCCGCCCCAUUCUCCCGCUUUCCAUCACCCCGCCCCAUUCUCCCGCUAUCGAUCACCCCACCCGAUUCUCCCGCUUUCCAUCACCCCGCCCCAUUCUCCCUCCUUCCAUCACCCCGCCCCAUUCUCCCUCCUUCCAUCACCCCGCCCCAUUCUCCCGCUUUCCAUCACCCCGCCCCAUUCUCCCGCUUUCUAUCACCCCACCCCAUUCUCCAUCUUUUCAUCACCCCGCCCCGUUCUCCCGCUUUCCAUCACCCCGCACCAUUCUCCCGCUUUCCAUCACCCCGCCCCAUUCUCCCGCUUUCCAUCACCCCGCCCCAUUCCCCCUCUUUCCAUCACCCCGCCCCAUUCUACCGCCUUCCAUCACCCCGCCCCAUUCUCCCGCUUUCCAUCACCCCGCCCCAUUCUCCCGCUUUCCAUCACCCCGCCCCAUUCUCCCUCCUCCCAUCACCCCGCCCCUUUCCCCCUCCUUCCAUCACCCCGCCCCAUUCUCCCGCUUUCCAUCACCCCGCACCAUUCUCCCGCUUUCCAUCACCCUGCACCAUUCUCCCGCUUUCCAUCACCCCGCCCCAUUCCCCCUCCUUCCAUCACCCCGCCCCAUUCUCCUGCCUUCCAUCACCCCGCCCCAUUCUCCCGCUUUCCAUCACCCCGCCCCAUUCUCCCGCUUUCCAUAACCCUGCCCCAUUCUCCCUCCUCCCAUCACCCCGCCCCAUUCCCCCUCCUUCCAUCACCCCGCCCCAUUCUCCCGCUUUCCAUCACCCCGCCCCAUUCUCCCGCUUUCUAUCACCCCACCCCAUUCUCCAUCUUUUCAUCACCCCGCCCCGUUCUCCCGCUUUCCAUCACCCCGCACCAUUCUCCCGCUUUCCAUCACCCCGCCCCAUUCUCCCUCCUUCCAUCACCCCGCCCCAUACUCCCGCUUUCCAUCACCCCGCCUCAUUCUCCCGCUUCCCAUAACCCCACCCCAUUCUCCCGCUUUCCAUCACCCCGCCACAUUCUCCCGCUUUCUAUCACCCCGCCCCAUUCUCCCUCCUUCCAUCAACCCGCCCCAUUCUCCCACUUUCCAUCACCCCGCCCCAUUCUCCCUAUUUCCAUCACCCCGCCCCAUUCUCCCGCAUUCCAUCACCCCGCCCCAUUCUCCCGCUUUGCAUCACCCUGCCCCAUUCUCCCGCUUUCCAUCAUCCCGCCCCAUUCUCCCUCCUUCCAUCACCCCGCCCCAUUCUCCCGCUUUCCAUCACCCUGCCCCAUUCUCCCUCUUUCCAUCACCCCGCCCCAUUCUCACGCUUUCCAUCAUCCCGCCCCAUUCUCCCGCUUUCCAUCACCCCGCCCCUUUCUUCCUCUUACCAUCACCCCGCCCCAUUCUCCCGCUUUCUAUCACCCCACCCCAUUCUCCAUCUUUUCAUCACCCCGCCCCGUUCUCCCGCUUUCCAUCACCCCGCACCAUUCUCCCGCUUUCCAUCACCCCGCCCCAUUCUCCCUCCUUCCAUCACCCCGCCCCAUACUCCCGCUUUCCAUCACCCCGCCUCAUUCUCCCGCUUCCCAUAACCCCACCCCAUUCUCCCGCUUUCCAUCACCCCGCCACAUUCUCCCGCUUUCUAUCACCCCGCCCCAUUCUCCCUCCUUCCAUCAACCCGCCCCAUUCUCCCACUUUCCAUCACCCCGCCCCAUUCUCCCUAUUUCCAUCACCCCGCCCCAUUCUCCCGCAUUCCAUCACCCCGCCCCAUUCUCCCGCUUUGCAUCACCCUGCCCCAUUCUCCCGCUUUCCAUCAUCCCGCCCCAUUCUCCCUCCUUCCAUCACCCCGCCCCAUUCUCCCGCUUUCCAUCACCCUGCCCCAUUCUCCCUCUUUCCAUCACCCCGCCCCAUUCUCACGCUUUCCAUCAUCCCGCCCCAUUCUCCCGCUUUCCAUCACCCCGCCCCAUUCUCCCGCUUUCCAUCACCCCUCCCCAUUCUCCUGCUUUCCAUCACCCUGCCCCAUUCUCCCUCUUUCCAUCACCCCGCCCCAUUCUCACGCUUUCCAUCAUCCCGCCCCAUUCUCCCGCUUUCCAUCACCCCGCCCCUUUCUUCCUCUUACCAUCACCCCGCCCCAUUCUCCCGCUUUCUAUCACCCCACCCCAUUCUCCAUCUUUUCAUCACCCCGCCCCGUUCUCCCGCUUUCCAUCACCCCGCACCAUUCUCCCGCUUUCCAUCACCCCGCCCCAUUCUCCCUCCUUCCAUCACCCCGCCCCAUACUCCCGCUUUCCAUCACCCCGCCUCAUUCUCCCGCUUCCCAUAACCCCACCCCAUUCUCCCGCUUUCCAUCACCCCGCCACAUUCUCCCGCUUUCUAUCACCCCGCCCCAUUCUCCCUCCUUCCAUCAACCCGCCCCAUUCUCCCACUUUCCAUCACCCCGCCCCAUUCUCCCUAUUUCCAUCACCCCGCCCCAUUCUCCCGCAUUCCAUCACCCCGCCCCAUUCUCCCGCUUUGCAUCACCCUGCCCCAUUCUCCCGCUUUCCAUCAUCCCGCCCCAUUCUCCCUCCUUCCAUCACCCCGCCCCAUUCUCCCGCUUUCCAUCACCCUGCCCCAUUCUCCCUCUUUCCAUCACCCCGCCCCAUUCUCACGCUUUCCAUCAUCCCGCCCCAUUCUCCCGCUUUCCAUCACCCCGCCCCAUUCUCCCGCUUUCCAUCACCCCUCCCCAUUCUCCUGCUUUCCAUCACCCUGCCCCAUUCUCCCUCCUUCCAUGACCCCGCCCCAUUCUCCCUCCUUCCAUUACCCCGCCCCAUUCUCCCGCUUUCCAUCACCCCGCCCCAUUCUCCCGCUUUCCAUCACCCCGUCCCAUUCUCCCGCUUUCCAUCACCACGCCCCAUUCUCCAGCUUUCCAUCACCCCGUCCCAUUCUCCCUCUUUCCAUCACCCCGCCCCAUUCUCCCGCUUUCCAUCACCCCGCCCGAUUCUCCCGCUUUCCAUCACCCCGCCCCAUUCUCCCUCCUUCCAUUACCCCGCCCCAUUCUCCCGCUUUCCAUCACCCCGCCCCAUUCUCCCGCUUUCCAUCACCCCGUCCCAUUCUCCCGCUUUCCAUCACCACGCCCCAUUCUCCAGCUUUCCAUCACCCCGUCCCAUUCUCCCUCUUUCCAUCACCCCGCCCCAUUCUCCCGCUUUCCAUCACCCCGUCCCAUUCUCCCGCUUUCCAUCACCCCGCCCCAUUCUCCCUCCUUCCAUUACCCCGCCCCAUUCUCCCGCUUUCCAUCACCCCGCCCCAUUCUCCCGCUUUCCAUCACCCCGCACCAUUCUCCCGCUUUCCAUCACCCCGCCCCAUUCCCCCUCCUUCCAUCACCCCGCCCCAUUCUCCCGCUUUCCAUCACCCCGCCCAAUUCUCCCGCUUUCCAUCACCACGCCUUAUUCUCCCGCUUUCCAUCACCCCGCCCCAUUCUCCUGCUUUCCAUCACCCCGCCCCAUUCUCCCGCUUUCCAUCACCCCGCCCCAUUCUCCCUUCUUCCAUCACCUCGCCCCAUUCUCCCUCCUUCCAUCACCCCGCCCCAUUCUCCUGCUUUCCAUCACCCCGCCCCAUUCUUCCGCAUUUCAUCACCCAGCCCCAUUCUCCUGCUUUCCAUCACCCCGCCCCAUUUUCCCGCUUUCCGUCACCCCACCCCAUUCUCCCGCCAUCCAUCACCCCGCCCUAUUCCCCCACUUUCCAUCACCCCGCCCCAUUCUCCCGCUUUCCAUCACCACGCCCCAUUCUCCCGCUUUCCGUCACCCCGCCCCAUUCUCCCGCUUUCCAUCACCCCUCCCCAUUCUCCUGCUUUCCAUCACCCUGCCCCAUUCUCCCUCCUUCCAUGACCCCGCCCCAUUCUCCCUCCUUCCAUGA